AUGAAUCCCAAACCACAAUCUCGACACUCCAGUGCGCGAGCGAAUGAAACCGCCGCACAACACACUACUGCCCAGUCGACACCUCCCGCUCUACAAGCGCAGUCAAGCUCCGAUUCCAGCGAGCAACCGUGCUGUUCCAAACAAGCACAAAUACAAUCAUUGCACACCGACAAUGAUAGCAAAAUUCUCCUUCCAACUGCCAUAGUCGCAGUUGAACACGAGGGUGAAUUGUUUCAACUUAGAGCCCUGAUUGAUCAAGGUUCACAAAGAACUUUCAUUUCCUCGAAAGUUCAAAAACGGUUGAAACUACCAUUCGAACAUUCCAAGUUCGAAAUUUCCGGCAUGGGUGGACAUGUAGUACAAAGCUCCUCAAAGCUUUGUCCACUCACAUUGGUAGCACCAAAAACCAUGCAACGGAUAAACACACAGGCUAUCGUGUUACCUCAGCUCACGAGGCACAUGCCUACAUUCACCAUUAGCCGUGAAAACUGGCAGCAAUUCAAGAUCCUUGAACUUGCUGACCCAAGCUGUCACAUACCAGCUCAAACUGACAUGGUAAUCGGCAGCGAUAUACUUCCACAAAUCCUGCUGGAAGGUAUACAAAAUAUUUGCGACACUAUACUUGUAGUGUCAUUCUCGACACAAGUAGAAGAGUGCUCGAAUGCAACUCUCAGCUCUCAGCUUCGAAAGUUUUGGGAAGAGGAGGAGAUUCCACAACCUCCACAAAUUUCCCCUGAAGAUCAGGCUUGUGAGCAUAUAUAUGCAACAACAACGACUCGUGCCCCAAACGGUCGAUACAUUGUGCGACUUCCAUUCAAGGAAGAAUUUCCAAAAAAGCUGUCUCUGGGCCACUCUCGGUCUGCUGCACUUCAGCAGUUUUUCAGUAUGGAGCGAUCGCUUCAGAAAAAAGGAGACUUAGCCACAAUGUACAAUAAUGUGUUGCAAGAGUAUCUCGACCUCGGUCAUAUGGAGCAUACGAAGCCAUGCGAGAUAAUUUCCAAUGGCAAAUACUUCUCUUUCUACUUGCCACAUCAUGCGGUCGUCAAACCAGAUAAGGUGACCACCAAAGUUCGCGUGGUAUUCAACGCCUCAAAAACAUCUGGUUCAGGAAAUUCCCUGAAUGACGUGUUGCACACUGGUCCCACACUCCAGCCAGAUCUCAUGCUGCUCAUUCUGCAGUGGCGAAUGCACAGAUUCGUGUUCAAUGGCGACAUUGAAAAAAUGUAUCGUCAAAUACUCAUCCAUGAGGACGAUAAAGAUUUUCAGCGAAUCUUAUUUCGCACAUCGGCUGACUCUCCUGUCACCGAUUAUAAUCUUAAAACCGUAACGUUCGGGGUUAAUUGUGCACCAUACCUCGCUAUCCCUACCCUGCAUCAAUUAGCAGAUGAAGUCAUGAUAUUGACAACGCCACUGAAUCACUUUUUCAAGUGA